AUGUCGGAGAAAAUAACAACAACAACGUCGGCAACCGCCGGUGACCCCGAGCUCACCCAGAUUCGCUCGCGUAUCUUUUCCCACACAGACGGCCUCGAGCGAGCAACCUCUCGCGCAUCCCUCGAAGAACAGGAAGACUUGAAACUCGCUGAAAUGGGCUAUAAGCCCGAACUGCGUCGUAACUUUAGCGCAUGGUCUCUUCUCGGUAUCGGUUUCGGUCUCACCAACUCUUGGUUCGGUAUCUCUGCUUCCCUUGUCACCGGCAUCUAUUCAGGUGGUCCCCUCAUGAUUGUCUAUGGUAUCCUUAUCAUUGCAUUUGUGUCCACAUUCAUUGGUAUCACCCUCUCAGAACUUGCCUCCGCUUUCCCUAACUCUGGCGGCCAGUACUACUGGACAAUGGUCUUGGCCCCUAGAAAACAGGCCCCCUUCCUCGCUUACAUGUGUGGUGCCCUUGCUUGGGCUGGCUCUGUUUUUAGUGCUGCCUCCACUUCCAUGUCUGUGGCCCAGGUCAUCGUCGGUAUGCAUGCACUACUUGCAGGCCCUGACUUCGUUGUCAAAGAUUGGAUGGUCUUUGUUACCUUCCAAAUCGUCAACCUAGUCGCCUUUCUGUUCAACUGCUACGGCAAGCUGCUCCCCUACUUUGCCAAAGCUGCUCUCUACAUCUCUCUCAUUUCUUACUUCACCAUCACAGUCACUGUUCUUGCGUGCUCUUCUGGCCGUUAUCAGUCAGCCCACUUUGUCUUUGUUCAGUUCAACAACCAGACCGGCUGGAAGUCUUCCGGUAUCGCCUUCAUUGUUGGUCUUAUCAACCCCAACUGGUGUUUCUCGUGUCUUGACUCAGCAACCCAUAUGGCCGAAGAGGCCCUUGAGCCUGAACGUAAGAUUCCUAUCGCUAUCAUGGGUACUGUGGCCAUUGGUUUCCUUACUUCCUUCACUUAUGUCAUUGCCAUGUUCUUCUCUGUCAACAACCUUGACGAAAUUUUCAACUCAAACACUCUCGUGCCUAUCAUUGAUAUUUAUUACCAGGCCCUUCGCAACAAGGGUGGCACCAUCUGGCUUAUGGUCAUGUUCUUGCUUACUGCCUUUGGCUGCAACAUGUCUGGUCAGACUUGGAUGACACGUCUCUGCUGGUCCUUUUCCCGUGAUAACGGUCUGCUUGGUUCCAAGUACUGGAGCAUCAUCCACCCCACUCUCGGUGUCCCUCUUAACGCAAACAUCAUGUCAUGCUGCUGGGUCGCCUUUGCCGGCUGCCUUUAUCUCGUCUCCACCUCUGGUUUCAACUCAAUGGUUGUUGGUACCAUUACUUUCCUUUUGCUGUCUUACGCCAUUCCUGUCGUUUGCCUUUUGCUCAAGGGUCGCAACAAUAUCCAGCAUGGUCCCUUUUGGCUCGGCCCCUUGGGCUACAUUGCCAACGUCAUUACUCUGCUUUGGACCCUCUUUGCACUAGUCUUCUUUUCUUUCCCCUUCACUAUCCCCGUCACUAAGGACAAUAUGAACUACAUGUCGGUCGUCAUUGUUGGCUAUAGCGUGUGGUGUGUUGCAUACUGGUUUGUUCGCGGCCACCGCGUGUUCAAGACCACCGAAAUGCGUCUUAGUCCCAAUGGCGAGUUUGUCGAAGUCGAAAAGACUGAUGAUACCAAUGUCACUGAAGAGAUUAAGCAAUAG